AUGCCAUAUCGAUGUGAAUUUUGUGAGAAGACUUUUAAAGCUCGUUCCAGAUUGGAGUGCCAUAGUCGCAAACAUACCAAGCCAUUCAAAUGCAAACUUUGUGAGAAGGCAUUCCGUAUUAAGUCACACCUGAUCAUACAUCUACGAUAUCAUACAGGUGAAAAACCUUACCAAUGUGAACAGUGUCACAAACGAUUCAGCGUCUUGUCCACUUUAACUGCUCAUCGCCGUAGCCACAGUGGAGAGAAACCACACAAAUGUGAUUUGUGUCCCAAGUCUUUUGGCACCAAGCAUUACCUGCAAGCACAUCGUAGAUUUCAUACAGGUGAAAAGCCACACCAAUGUGACCAAUGUGAGAAGGCCUUUUGCAUCCGGAGUAACCUGCUUGAGCACCAACGCACUCACUCUGGAGAGAAGCCAUUUAAGUGCGAAUUUUGUGAGAAGGCUUUCAGUACACGCAGCAAUGAAGCCAAACAUCGGCGGAUCCAUGUCGGUGAGAAGUCAUUUGUGUGCACUUACUGUGAUAAGGCAUUCAUUGACAACUCUCGACUGCAGAAGCACACCCUUGCACACCUGAAGAAGACGGUACACAAGUGCAAGUACUGCAAAGAGACUUUUGACAAUUUGAAUGUGUGGAGUGUUCAUCUGAAAGCACAUCGAGCUGAGAAGCCCUUCAAGUGCUUUAAUUGUGAAGAGGCAUUUGGCACUAAAGUGGAGCUUGCUAUACACCGCAAGAUCCACAACUCUGCCAAGCCUUUCUCAUGUGACAUGUGCACAGAGGCAUUUGCUACCCGCUAUGCAUUGACCUUACACAGGCGUCAACACAGUGCACAUUAUUCAUGCAAGUACUGUGAUCGCAUAUUCACAUCAAGUGCUGAAUGGAGCACACACAUUCAAGAACAUCUUGCCCUGAAACCUUUCAAAUGUGAAUAUUGUACAGAGGCCUUCUCUUUUAGCUAUGACCUAAUGAAGCACAGGCGAGUGCCUCAUUAA